AUGCCCAUCCCAGAUGAUCCUGGGGAGGGGACCAAGUCUGGGAAUGCCUGGUUGCUGCAAGCCCUGGACAUCAAGUUCGCGGAGCAGGAAAGAGCCAUACACCAUCUCCUGGACCAGGUCCUACGCGAUCUGAACUGGGUUCCUGAGCGCAACAGCGGAGCCCUUGUGGAGAAGGAGCCGGUUUUUGAGGUCAAAGACCUCGACGCUGUACAUGUCCGCCCAGCUUUGCAGAUUGAGGACGCCCUGGACUCCGGUAAGGAGGUGGCAAAAAGCCCCUCGAAAGGUGCCCGCCACCGAACUCUCAUGGGGACCCAGGUGAUGAGUGAGCGUUGGGCCCCGGAUCCUCCUCUGAAGUCCUUUGUCAAGGGGCCGCUGGAUGGCUACAUGGGCGUGGUGGUGAUUGUGAACCUUGUCUUCAUGAUCAUCAUGACCCAGUGGAUGGGCUCAAAAGCCCACGUCACGCUAGGCCUCUCUGAGACGAGCGACUGGAACCUCACCGCGCAUUUCUUCGAGAUCUCGGAGUUUGUGUUUUUCGUCCUCUUCCUCCUUGACGUGUUGAUCCGGAUCUGGGUGCUACGGCGUGAGUGGUAUUUUGACAGCCGGGAGGGCUUCAUGUACCUGAACGUCUUCGACGCCUGCGUCGUCUUCGUGAAUGCUUUCGAGUUGCUCAUUCUGCCCAUGUUGUUCUUCGGAGCUAAUCAGGAGCAGCAUGCUAGCAGCAUCCGGGUGAUCAAGCUGAUGCGCAUCGUCCGCACCCUGCGGAUUGUCAAAACGGUGACCCUCUUCCGACAGUUGCGGCUGCUGGUUGGUACCUGCAUAGCAAGUAUCGGGGCAUUGUUCUGGUCGAUGGUCCUGCUGAUGGUGCUCAAGGUGGGCUUUGCGCUGAUCAUCUGUCAGGCCCUACAGGCGUACAUCAUGGAUGAGGAGGCAGAUCUGGACACACGACUGCUGGUCAACAACCUCUAUGGCGACUUCGGAAAGGCUUUCUACACGAUGUUCGAGGUCACCCACUCCGGAUCGUGGCCUUCAGUUGUCCGGCCCAUUGUCGACAGGGUGGAUGCAUGGUAUGCGUUGCCAUUCCUUACAUACAUCACGUUGGUGGUCUUUGCAGUCAUAAGGAUUGUUACCGCUCUCUUCCUCAAGGAGACCCUGGCCAGUGCCGCAAAUGAUGCUGACAUGGUCACGGAAGACAACCGCCGCCUGGCCCGUGAUGCUCAGAACAAGUUAGAAGAGCUGUUCUGCGCUGCGGAUGAUGAUGGAGAUGGCAACCUCUCGAAGGAAGAGUUUGUUGAAGCAAUGAGCCUGCCUAGCGUGCAGGGCUUUCUGACGUCUCUAGACGUUAGCAUUCGGGAUUGCCGCCCGCUCUUCGACAUAUUGGACGACGGCGAUGGUCUAAUCACUAUUGCAGAAUUCUGCAAGGGCCUGAUGCAGCUCAAAGGGCAGGCACGUGCCUUGGAUAUCGUCGUGCUGCAGCGAGAGAAUGCCAAGCUCAUGAAGGAAUGCCAAGAAAUCCAGCGGUCGCUCCAGUCAAUUUCUGAGUUUUGUGGGAGGCGUGUAAAGUAA